AUGGGAGUCAAUCCACCUAAGGAGCUGGUGGAUCAUUUCAUCAAAGAUUUUGUACACCCGGACGACGUGGGACUUGUAUUGGCGGAGAUGAAUGAAUCCAUCGCCACUGGCGAGUCUAUGCGCAUCUUUUACCGGUUCAAGCGGAAAGAUGGCACCUAUGUCAUCUUCGAAGCCGUGGGCCACGCCCAUAUCGCUGCCCCAAGAUUCGCCCCGAAUCCCCUCAACAGGUCACCGUUCUGUCAGGCCGUCUUUGUUAUGUCUCGUCCGUACCCAACAAAAAGUUCCGGCUUACUCGAUAGCUUCCUUGAACACAAGAUGGAGAAUGACCGGCUCAGAAGGAGGAUAGCAGAACUACGCGCCGAAGAAGAUGCUGAGGAGGCUGAAUCGCAGCGGCAGUGGAAGCAACGACGCAAUAGUAGCAGGUCGGAGCUCUCCCACUCAGAAGAUUCGAGGACAAUGGCAUCAUCUUCCGUCAGCGGAACGCCACUGUGGGACACUCGAAUCGCCCGAGUGGCGGAAAGGGCCCAACGGGCCGAAGACGCUUUGCAAUGCCUGCGGGCUUCGCUGGGCAAAAAAGAGAAGAAGAAGCAACUAUCCAACUCAACAAACGCGACUAUCACAGGUUAG